CUGCAACAAACCUCAACAAAUCUUCCCAACUACCAGCCAACCCAAACCCCAGGGCUGCCGCUCUCGCCGGUCACCGCCACAGCUGCCGUCGCGUUGAUCUUCACCUUCAAUAUUACAUGGCGGCCCUUUUGCUCUCAAACCCUAUUCUUUCGUCACCUUUCCUUGGCAAACAACUCUCUAUUCGUGACAAUUUGAAGAAGUCAACAGCUCGUGGGUUGGAUUUUAGGAGCUCUAGGUUGAGUUUUAGGAGCCCUAGGUGUGCGGUGGAUACACCUUAUGAAGGCAAUGUUUCGAAAUUCCCUAGAAUGCGUGUUUGGGAUCCUUAUAAGCGCCUUGGUGUAAGUACUGAUGCUUCUGAGGAAGAAAUUUGGGGUUCCCGCAACUUCCUCUUGGAUCAAUAUGCUAGGCAUGAAACAAGUGCAGAAUCAAUAGAAGCUGCCUUCGAAAAAAUACUGAUGGCCAGUUUCUGGAAAAGGAAGAAAUCAAAAAUCAACUUAAAAAGCAGGUUGAAACAGAAAGUAGAGGAGUCUCCGCCUUGGGUUAAGACCUUGCUCAGUUUUGUGGAAGUUCCUCCUGCUGUGAUAAUUCUUAGAAGAUUGUUUCUAUUUGCAUUCAUGGGUGGCUGGAGUGUGAUGAAUUCUGCCGAAAGUGGGCCUGCUUUUCAGGUGUUUCUAUCUUUGGGAGCUUGCAUAUACUUCCUUAAUGACAAGACAAAGAGCUUAGCCAGAGCUUCCAUUAUUGGAUUUGGAGCUCUUGUUGUUGGCUGGAUUUGUGGCUCUUUCUUGGUUCCUACGAUCCCUUCAUUUCUAUUACAUCCAACUUGGACACUUGAACUUCUAACAUCACUGGUGGCUUAUGUUUUCUUAUUUCUUGCUUGUACUUUUCUCAAGUGAAACCAAACUCUUCUGUCGUCCAGUUAUUUUUGAACUAAUGGAGUUCAGAACUACAUCAAACCAUACCCUGGUUCCAUUUUGUUUAAAUCAAGAUAGAUAUAUUUUUUGUUA